GUCAAUAUGUCUGCGCCCGUGUGAGACGUUUCUUCAACAAAAUGUGAGAAGUUCUCCUGGUAUGGUGAUUAUUACGUGAAAAGCCCGAUUACCAGGAAGAAGCCGUGCCUUCCAUAAAGCCUAUGUCUGUCGAAAGCAUUGGCAACAGGUAUUUUUACAGACUCAAUAAAGAUGGCAUCUAAUGACCAGACUCCAAACAGCAGUGAUCUCCCAAGAGGGUUGAUAGGGAGGACGGGAACUCCAGCUGCCAAGGGGGUCAGGUUGCCAUCACUUAGAGCUCCCCGGGAUUUGACUCUUGGAGGUGUAAAGAAGAAGACAUUUGCUCCCAAUAUUCCAGUGAGAAAAGACAGAAGCAAGGAAAGAAGUACAGGUGAAACUCCAGAACCUAAGCCUAGUCCUGGCAGUACAAGGAAAGAUAGAGGAGGGGGAGAUGGAGCUCGGGGAAGAGGGAGAGGACGAGGAAGGGGUAGGGGAAGAGGCAGAGGAGAGGUUUUGCAGUCCCAUUCUAUUUUUGAACAAGGACCUACAGAAAAACUGCAGGCAAGAGGGUCAUCAGGCUACACUGAGACGAGAGAGAGAGGGGAUUCCUCAACAUCUAAACUUUCUGUGAAGAGGGAGAAGACAGAAAAUGAAGACACCAAAAGAAUACUGGAUAACUUGCUUCGAGAUGAUUUUAUAGAUUUUGGUGACAUGUCAGGUGCUGACGAGGGACUUAAUCCAGUGGCCUUACCUCUGGCAACCUCAGUGAAAAAAGAACCACAGUUGGAAACAGAUGCAAUAAAAUCUGAGCCAAUGGAGGUGGAUGAGGAGGAUAAGACGAACAUUCCAACUGUGUCUUCAAAGCCUGUUAAGCAGGUGCCGCAGAAGCCAAAACCAGUAGAAAAAGAAAAAACCUGUUCAGAGAUAUUUGCUAAAGCUGAGAAAUCAGAGACAGGCCAGCUGUUAUUUUUCCACCUGCCUGACUCUCUGCCCGGUGUGCCCCCACCCAGGGAGGAGGCAGAGGUCAAGGGAAAAGAGGGGACUUCGUCCACCAAAAUGGACACGGAUGAGGCCAAGUUAUGUGAUCAAAUGGGAAAAUCCAGCCUUCGGGACUUUUCAGAAGGUUAUAUUGGGAAACUACAGGUGUUGAAGUCAGGAAAAACAAGAUUAAUGCUGGGAAAUGUCACUCUUGAUGUAGCCAUGGGAACACCAUGUGGCUUUUUGCAGGACCUUGUAUCAGUGAGGAUAAGAGAAGACGGCACCGGAGACAUGACCGUUUUGGGACGUGUAAAUGACAGACUUGUUUGUACACCAGACUUUGAAAGCCUUCUGAAUUCGCAGAGCAAAAGCUGAUAUUUGCCGGUCGUAUUUAAUGAUUUCAUAUCAUAAAUUGACAGGGCUGUUGAAAAUAGUGUCAAAUUACAUAAUAGUUGAAACAUUUUCAAAGCAGAGAAGUAGUAAGAACAGGCUUAUGCAGUCAUGAAGUCCACUUGUUGGCGUUGCAUGUGCAUUGAAUAUAUUAUUUUUAUCGGCAAUUUUGUUUUACAUGCGACAGAGAAUGAAUUCAAGUGUUUUGGCAUCGUUUUUUCCCGAGAGGACUUAUAGUUUCUUCCCAGAUAGAUGAGUUGAAUGUUAUAUCUAUUGGUUAUACGCCCUUUUUUAUAGCUGGUUUGAUAUUUGAUAUUUGAUAUUCUACCAGAUUUGGUUUGCCGUUAAAGGAAAAGAUCAAAACGAUGAUCUCAUAGUUUCAGAACUUUGAAAGCUGCAUUGGACAAUAAAGCGACAAAUAAGGCGAUGUUUAGAAUUGUACUUUAAAGGUGCUUUAAAUUGUUUUCAGAAGUCAAUUCUUAUCAGAACGGAGUCGGAAUUGAUUUGAAAAAUAGUAUAAGAGAAGAGGUUAAUGGAGUUGACGAACCACUCCAUACCUAUUGUGAUUUAUGUAAAGAAUAGUUGGACUUGACCUCUCAUCCUUUUGAUGCCACAUCUGUGUAAAAGAGGAUGCAUGACCAGUGAAGCGUUUGCCAUUUUGACUGCAUUGAAUUUCGAUCAAAUUUUGUUUUUUUCUUCGGGGCCGAGUUUUAAGGCGAUAUUAACCGCGGCGUGUUUAAUCCUAUCGCUCUGUGUUCUGGAAUCAAAAUGGCGAACCUUCUGCUGAGAAAAUCCAGAGAAUCGGUAAGUAAAUGUAUAGUUUUCAGUCUGCAGACUACAUGUCUCCCAGGGAUGUCUCUCAGGGGUUUUUCAUUAGAUUUUUACGUAUAAUUCUCUGGUCAUUCUGUGCACAUUUCUGUCCAGCGGGAAAAUUAAAAGUCAUCACCCAAAUGACCUCUGGCGGAGAAUAAAUAUACAUGUGCACCCUUGGUCUGGUCCUUGUUUCUGUUAAUACCAAGACGUCUCAAAUGUUGGUGCAAGUCAUUUAAUGAUUAACAGGGGGAGUUAUUGGUGCGAUAUACUCUCAUUAGGUUUGGUCGCCUUAAACAAUCGACUUCUUCAGGUCUUUUUCUUUUUCAAUUUGGUCAAACGAUAUGUUUUCCAGCAACGAUUCCCCGUGCACAAUCUCUAUCUUUUAUCGUUAUUAUCCCUUUUUUGCCUUUUUGGAAUCGAUGCAAUUUCACAUACAUCGCAAAUAUGUGAGCCACUAUCUUUAUAGAUAGUGAAGUUACCUUUAUCAGUUCUUUCUGGCCAAUAUCGGCACGUUCAAAUCUCUGUGACGCAUCGGAAACCAUUGAAAUAAAUAUUGUAGAAGAUUCGAAGAUUAGUUGCAAGGGAAAAUGCACUUUCAAAAAUCAUACAACGGACCAAGAGAGUUGGAAAAAAAAAGCCCGGCAACGUGUCGUCACGCGUGGAGGAUUUUAAAUGCAGUUUCAUGUUACCCAAUGCCAAUACAAUGAGCAACUCGUGCUAAAAUCAUUUUUCAUUUUAAACGACCCCAAACUGUCGCUUUACGACUUGCGUCUUACCCCUUGCAGAGAAAAUGACAACCAUUAUCAUGACCUUAUCCCCUAGACAAUUUGGGUACAAUCAAAUCAAGUGAUUCUUAAAUAGCUUGUUGAAAGACGAUUUUUCCUAGUCAAAACGAUAAAACGAUAAACCCUGGGUACACUUUUGAGAUUCUGAUCCUUCAGUGAACAUACAUUAUGAUAGAAAGAAAAGUGCACGCAUCUGUUCCAUAGAUAUUUAUUAUUCUUCGCCUGAGUUACGGACUCCGUUUCUAGUUGAGAGGGAUCUUCUUCCGGCUUACUGAAGGGAUCCUUUGAUAACAAAAACACCUUCAUAUUUGCAGUAUCGAUAUUGAAGCGUUGAACAGGAUGACACUUAAGCAAACAAAGGUAAGAGCGAAAGGAGGAAUCGGGUUUGUGUGUGUGUGUUGCUUUUUUUUUCUAAUUUACGAUUCACGAAAGUAUGUAAAAUGAUAUAAGCCAUUUCUCUCCAUCUUUUAUUCAGGUUAGCUAUGACGAGCAGUGUGAAGUGAUGUUGAUUCAGUUGUAUGAACGGGUGCGUUAUGUCAGAUACGGUGAAAAACUUAAUUUUACUCCUUCCGAACGCACAUCACUCCGACUAAGCUGGAAUGCCUGGAUCGGAGGAAAUCCGUCUCAAAGGGGAUUCCAAAUGUUCCUAAGAAUGUUCAAAAGUCAUCCCGAAACCCAACUUGCCUUUGAGUUUGCGAAGGGCUCUUCUCUGGCUUAUCUCCAGAACAGCUCGCGCCUACUGUUUCAUGUGAACAGGGUGGUGAAGUACAUAGGCAAAGUUAUUGAAAAUCUGGAUUCCCCUGAAGAGGUUGUGCCUGUUUUGCUGCAGUUGGGCGCAAUGCAUGGACCUCGCAGAUUCAAUGUGCCGUCAGGAUAUUUCCCGCAUCUUGGAGUAGCUAUGCGGGAACUUAUGAGAGAAUCGCUUGGAAACUGGACGGAAGACCUCAACAAAUUAUGGGACGAAUUGUACCAGUGGAUAAUCCAACGUCUUAUAGAGGGACAGCAGAGGGUAGAAAGCUAACCACUAGAUACUAAUUUCAGCAGACGAUAAAUUAGGAACACUCGAGAUCCAGAUUUGAAGCCCCAGCAGCAAAAUAUGAAUACAAAUAGAUGAAAAAUUUUACAAAAUUUAUUGGAUAUACAGUUGAACUAUUUUACAAUCUACAGUGUCAAUAUGAAUGAAUAAUAAAAAUGGAUGUAUUUCCUUU